CCCCAUCUCGCACCCUCCCGUGUUAGGGCUUUGUUCCCUCACCCACCCGUCUCUCUCCUCUCCUCUGCGUGUGGAAUCACGGAAUCAUUCCUUUCGAAUCUCUCUCUCUCUCUCUCUCUCUCUCUCUCUCUCUCCCCUUUUGUCUGUAAUUUUCUCUCUCUAUAAGUCGGUGUAUUUGAGUUGAAGACCCUUUCCUUUUUCUAUCCUCCCUCUCUCCUCUUCCCCCCACCCUUUUUUUUUUCAUUUGACCUGUCUUUCUUUCUCUGGAUCAACAUGAUGACCACAGUCGAGGAGAUCGUCAACGUUCAACAUCAAACUGACGGUCUCGACAACCUAUCGAUCCAAGAGCAGAGGGAAAUGCAUAGUUCGGGGGAGGGUGAACAAGUGUCUUGUGAGAAUCAUCAUGGAACUUGUGCGAUCUGUUUGAGUAAGAUAGUGCUUGAGGAGGCUGCUCUUGUAAAAGGUUGCGAGCACGCCUACUGUGUGACAUGCAUUCUUCGAUGGGCCACAUACAGAGAGAGACCAACAUGCCCUCAAUGUAAACAUCCGUUUGAGUUCCUCAACAUCCAUCGCUCACUUGAUGGCAGCCUCCAUGAUUAUAUGUACGAGGAGAGUGUGUGCCUUCUUCUCAGAGCCUCAUGGUUCAAUCCCUUGAUCGUGGAGGAAAGGGAAGAGGUGGAUGAAGAAGUGUAUGAUCAUUAUUAUCCAUACGAGGGCGAUGAGGAUGAUGAUUUGGAUGAAGUUUACUUAAGCCACUCAUCGAGUCUCCGCCUUGGUAACCGGAGGUGGGGGGAUAAUGGUUUUGUUAGGGGAGGAAGACUAGAGGCAAGGCCAGUCUCUCGACCAAACACACAGGAUAUUUUGGGUGGUGCGGGGCCAUCGCGCGAGCGCAAGAAGAAAGAAACUGUUGUGAACGAUGCUGCAGUGGGGCGUAGGGCCAAAAGGGCAAUGAAACGUGAAGCAGCAGAUAAGGCGGCAGCUGCGAAACAUGAGCAGCAUUUGGUGAGGUUGGGUCGGAAGUGAUUUUAUGACCUGGCCUUUCCUUUGUACAGUGUUUCCUUGCUGCCUCUUAAGUUUGUGUAAUAAUUGGCAUGGUAGCAGUUAGUUAUAAAUGGGCUGAACCACUGCCCCUUCUGUGCAUUUAUCAAGAUUAACGUAUCUGAUUAUCCAACUUUGUUCAUUAUCUCAUUUUAUUUCUAAUUGCCGUAGGUUCUGUACAUUCUUGUUGUAUUUGGAACAUCAGAUCCUGUAGUAGAAAUUACUUAAAAGCUUGAAGCUCACACUUUUUUUUAUAAAAACUUUUGCAAUCGAAGGAAGACCCUCUUGAAA